AUCAGCCAUUUGCAAUUAUUUUAAACACAGGUAAAUGAAAAUAAUUUUGUUGUUAGGUAUACGUGUACAGUUCCAAUAGAGAAAAUAAAUAAAUAAUUUUGAUGUUCAUAGUACGAAGUGAAAAUGUAUAGUAAUACCAAACACUUAUCAAAGCUGAUAUAUAGACCAGAUAAAACCCUGAAUAACAUUAAAUAACAAAAAAGCAUUACAAUUAGUAUCAACAUGUCAAAUUAACAAGAAAGUACGAUUUGAGAGUACUCGCAGUUACUGACAGCUAGUUAAAAGCCAAAACAAUUAAUAAUAAAAAAUCAUGCAUCAGAGACUAAAAUCAACUAAAACACAUCCCAGGGAUUUAGUAUUUUAACGUCAUGGACAGUCAAAGAAGACAUGACUUGUGCAAUGCCAAAAAUAAAUGUAUCGACAGGCAGUAGGAUAGUUAGGAGUUUAACCUCUUUAUAGAUCAAAAUGAACGUGGGUGUGUCUUUAUACAUCCCGUUUGAAAAGAAUAUGUUUUAAUUUGCUGAUGACAAAAUCGAUAUUAGUGCCAAUGUAAACUAUAUUCAAAGAUCUAACUACAACAUUGGUAAGAUAACCUUUACUAAUAAGUUUGUUUAAAGGUUCGAUGAGUUUACACGGAUCACAAAGUGAUUUCCGCGCUUUAAGUACAAUAUUACCGUAAAAUUUAGGAUGUGAAAUACCGUUUUUAAUCAGUUUUCUACAGGUACAGCCAAAUUUACUAAUCAAAUCUUUGUAUCUAUGAAAGAACUUAGCAAAAGUUUUACGUAAUUUAUGGUAACGAAAUCCCUGACUUAAUAAUUUACCAGUGAUGCAUUGAUUACGUUCGUUAAAAUCUAUGACAUCACUACACACACGGGCAUAACGAACGAGUUGGGAUAUAUAAACACCGUAUGAUGGAGCCAAAGGAACAUCGCCGUCUAAAAAAGGAAAAUUAACAAUAGGGAAUGAAAAAUCGUCUCUUUUGUCGUAAAUUUUCGUAUAGAUUUUCCUUUAGAGAUUGAAAUGUUCAAAUCCAGAAAAGGACAACUACUGCUGUUUAUGUUAGAUUUAGUUAAAGUAAGUUCUAUUGGGUAAAUUUCGGUAGUUUAUUUAGAGAACUCUGGAUUAUUUAACGAAAAAAUAUCAUCUAAAUAACGGAAGGUAUUGUUGAAUGUAUCAACCAAAUGUAACAAUGACGUGUCUUUACUGAGUUUGGUCAUAUCUCCUUUUAUUCAUUCAUAAACCAAUUGAAAAGGGACGAAAUCAGACAGUUGCUGGGCAUUGACUAGAGCAAAACAUUUUUUCUUUUUUUUCUUCUAAUUUUCAGUUAAAAAAAAUUCUAAUAAUUUGCAUCGGUUUAUAUUAAAUACUAUAUCUUCAAGUAUUAUAUAAAACCUGGGACUAUUAUCCUAUAGUAUUAUAGUCCUAGAUAAAACACUUUUCACAGAACAUAUUUAUUUGUAGGAUCAUUAUCAACGCCUAUAAUCUAAGGAUAUGAAGGGCUAUUUUCAACUGUUUGUAUUGGUAAUGAUAGUUACAGAAGUGAAAUCGUAUCAAUUUGGUCAGCCAAUGGUUAACAAUUUGUCGUGUGAUAGUAAAUGGCUAAAGGUUUUGGAGGGAGACAGGAAUGGAAAAGUUGUAUCUGGCAGUAAAGAGGAUCUUCGUCGUGCUGUAGUUUCUGGUUCAAAGAUUCGAAUUAUAAUGGACGACCUUUAUUCAACUGAUACAAAUAACGUCUAUUCUUUGAACGGCGAAAUUUGCGUACUAGCACUUUUUCACAUCAGCAAAGGUGGAUUUGAUUCACACCAAACUAAGGCAUAUUGGUGGUUUCUUAAUUUGUGCACAACAGGCAAUGUACACAUGUCCCGUUGGUACGUUGGAGUCCACCUAUCGCCAUCAGAAAGUAAAGUUAAAUACAACGUAAAAUGGUUUGUAAGACAUUUAAGCUGUGACUCGACUCCGGCGAAACCAGUUCUUUGUACCACCGAGAGUGGGUUUCCGUACUGUGGUAAUGUAAACAACUUAAUAACUGUAAUCAGUCAUGGCGCAGAGAUUCAUGGGGUAGAUGCUAAAAGAAGCUAUUCUGUCGAGUUCACAAAUUUACAUUACAACAAGAAAACAUCGUUUGUAUCUGGUACUCAUCUUUGGCAUAUAAGCCAAACUAGCGUUUCUAACUAUGUGGAGUUUCAGAAAAAUGCCUACUGGUGGUUUACAAUUUGGUCCACAGACGGAUCACGUGAUAUAUCAAGAUGGAGCAUAGGUGAACAUAAAGAUCGAGGACAUACUACAGACAAGUUACCAAUCAUAUGGCUGGCUGACACGUGCUGGUCUUUGGCAUAUGAGCACGACGAGCAUGGCCAAUCAAUCGAUGGUUCUGUAGAUUAUUUACGAUCAGCUAUUUUAAAUGGAAAACGAGUGAGACUACUUUAUCAGUCAGGUUACCCCAUUGAAGCCGAUGAAUUAAUUAUUAGAAAUGGUCACGUGACAGCGCAGGUUUUAGGACAUGUGUCAAACAGUGGCAAGACAUUCAAUUCAGAUGCUUACUGGUACUGGGAAAAUGUUGCUACAACGGGAGAUGUAGGUAGAAACAAUUCGAUACAAUAUUGGAUCGCAUACAAGUCGUGGAAAAACUAACUACAGACAGCGAAUUAAAUGGUUUAUUGAUACAAGACCCUGGAAACAUGUCUUCUCUAACAGUGCAUCAGGACAGUCCAUACAUGGUUCAAAGACAACAUUAAUACGAGACAUUAAAGCUGGUAAAAUGGUGCGGUUCACUGUAAAGUAUGCAACACAUCCCCAAAGUCAUCAUGUAUCUGUAUUGAACGCAGAUAAUAUCAACAUAAAUAACGACGAAAAAGACGUAGGAGCACAACAUAUAAGAUCAAUAGGUUAUUCGAAAAAUGGUCCAUUCAACGUAUCCUUUACGUCCAACCCGUACUGGAACUUUUUAAUUGCUUCAACUGCUGGAAAAAUAGACGUAUCUAAGUGGACUGUGGGCAUCCAUGAAACUCAAGGACAUGAAACAUCUAAGGUUGAGAUAGACUGGUUCGUUAGUUAAACAUAAUUGUGCCUUGGUCACUGGUAUCUGUAAAUUCUGAAUUCAACACCACGAUGCUAUUUUUAACAAUUAGUUCGACCGAAACUUGCAUUUAUCAAUGUUUAAUAUGUUAAACUGAAAAUCUUCAUACAAUGUACAUAUAGACUGAGUUAUAAAAUAUAUAUAGUAUUUCCAUUGUUUUAAAGGGGCACUAGCUGCGGGAAAUAUAAAAAAUCUAAAGUAUGAUUUAUUUUUGUUCAAUCAUUUAUAAUGAAAGUGAAAAAGUGAAAUAAUAAUUCGCUUUUAGCAGCCAGUAUGGUUUAAUUUUGUCAAAUUAAGCUAAGAAACAUUGAUCAUGAAUUAUUCACAUGCAAGUGAAUAAUCCGAUCUCAUUGAAUCCGUAUUCAUGUGAACUUCAAUUUAACCCCUUAGCUAGAGAUGGAUAACGCAUGAAUUGUGAGUGUUAGGUUAUUUAAAGGAAAAUAAUGUCAACAUUGAAAGUGAAACAAAGGUAAAUCAUUUGAUUGACUGAUUCGAUCCACAAAAAAAUCAUUCAUAUACAGGUAAAAACGAUGAUUAACAUAUAUUUUUAAUAUUUAAUAUGAAAUUAAACAGACCUAGAAAAAUCAAAUUGCACGAGUGCGCUUUCUAUUUACAUCUAUAUUUAUGUUUAUAUCGCUUAUAUGACCAUCGGAGGUCUUCGGAGGUCAACUCGAUAGUUAAUUAGAUGGCGUCAAGACUAAAAUAAACACGAAACGAAGCUACAUAUUAUCGAGCCCAUGCCCUGUAAAUUGUUUCUUUUUAUAAUUUGGAUAAAUGUUUUACAUGGUUAUAAAUCAAAUAUCAGAAUUUGAGUCAAAUCGGUGAACAUGAAUUUGACAGCUAGUGCCCCUUUAAUUGUUUUUACAUUUUAUAUGCAGAUUUAAAUGACCAUUUGUAUUUUGUUAUAGCUCAAUCCGCUAUUUCUUAUUGCAUACGAUAGGAUUCAAAAUGAUUCCUAUCAAUUUACAAAUGAAUGAUGAUAACAGUUACUUUAUUACACUUCUUAAUUAUAAAAGAUUGUCUGUCGACCACCAGA